AAAGUUUUUUGAACUAUGUUGUGUUAUAAUAUCAAAUGAAAGAGCUUUUUAUAACUAUCUAUAAAAAAAAUGUGUCAAGUAAUUUAAGAAAAUAGGCGAAAAAUUACCACUAAUGAAAUUAUCCAAUCAAACUCAAAUAACAUGAUCAAAGUGUAAGAUUUUAAGAAAAGUAAUCAUAUAAGGUCUGUAUAGUUAAAUUGUGACACAUAUACAUACGGGUUUUUUUAUUUCUUCUCAUAAAAUUAAUUUACCUAUCCAUACUAUAAAAAGGUGACUUGGUCAGUAAAAUGGUGACUUUUAGGGAAACUAAAUGUGACUUGUGAGUUCAGGGCCCUGGCAACACUGCUUUCUUUCAUUUUUCCUUUUCGGCCCAUGCGCUGAAUGGUGGCUUGGUCGCUUGCAUUGCAUCGGCACCGGUGUAUUUUCUUUGGUGAUGUGAGUGAAGUAAAGCAAGGGAAAUUUCUCGUAUUUGGCGUCAACAUUCAGUGAUCAGGUAAGUCAAGAUGAUAUUUUUGGCUACCACGAAUGUUAUUUUAAGUAUCUAUAUAGUGUGCUCUGUUAUGAUUUCUGCGUAAUGAGUAAUCAAUGAUAUAUUAUGGUGCCUUCAUUUAAGUUGUAAUGAAUAACAUUAAGGUGGAAAUACAUUAUUACACGCCACAUGACGCGAAUCAAAUUGCAGUUUUUUGCUAUUCACAUGUACAUCCGACGCGUCACCUUGCUCCGUACAAUCGCGUGUGCACGUUUAAUACAUGGCGGUCAUGGGCGUCAUGGCGUCGCGUGUUAAUAAUGUGUUUUCGACUAUAUUAACGGGUUUUUUCGGUUUUAGUGUGUGAUACAUGACAAUAACCUCUAACAAUACAAUAGUGUGGGUCUACACAGCGAGGCACGUCCCUUAUUUUCUGUGUAGCGGCAUGUAUAGCGUCGUUGAGUUUGCUGAAGAAUGGCUGACACCCGGGAAGCAGCGAUGUCUGUGGCCGCCCCAAAAAUUGAUGACCAAGUUUGCAGCCAAGUAAGUUCAGCAGGGUGAAAAAUCAAAUAAACAUACCUACUGUUUAUAGUGAUGAUGAUUAUGAGGCUUAUACUGGUGAAAAAAAUAGGACUUAUCGGAAGCAAGUAACUUCUUCGGUGCAAUCUACACCUGUUAGCUCAAAAUCCCAAAAGCAACACUCUAGGCCGGUAUAUACAGAACUGAACAAAAGUGAUGAUGAUACAGAUCUGAGCAAACGUGAAGAUUUCAAGGAAAGCUCUGCAAAGACUACAGACAGUGAAAUGUCACAGCUUCUGCAAAGUCCAAGUGGCCUGGAUAACCUAGACUUUACAAUAACACCAUUUUUUAUAAAUGAGAAGCCAAAUUCACAAGCCUUAGAUGUCAUAGCUAAGCACUUAGCUCGAAUUGAAGCUGACUUGAAAGAGAUGCAAAUCGCACAGAAUGAAAUAUUAAAUAGGGUGCGAUCAUCUUCUGUCUCGAUGGAACAUUCACUGCCAGGGGAAAGAACAUUGCCAUGUGAGGACAGCAAGGAUUUGAUUGAUACUGAAAAGUGGAUAAAUGCAGCUCCCGAGAACAGAAAACUUUUGACGCAGUGCGGUUGAACCAGGUUGCAACCAACGCUACUGAUGCUGUGAUACAAGAAAUAAUUCAGAUGAAUAUGGCUACAUAGUUCUUCCAAUAUAUACACCUUCUUGUUGACACUUCUCACAAGCGCGCAAGGAAUUGUGGGAUUUGAUACAUUUUAUA